UAUACAAGUUUUUCAAAACCAUAUGAAAUCAAUGUGAAUACAUUAGGGUACAUUAGGAACUUGACACCUGUGUUUUAAACUAGAAUUUAUUUGCAGAUGUUUUUGUAUUGUGGACACUCUUAUACAUCAUUAACCCAUAUACUAUGAUUCAAAUUCAAAUCUUCCGAGCCCAGUGAAGCUUAGUAAUGAUAGACCUGCCAAGAUGUUUGAGGGUGUGCGUCAUAUGACAUCACUGUUCACUGCACUCUCUGGUAUAAACAAGGCCCAAACAAAUGGUAGCUGUGCAUGACACAUUAGGGUGCGCACUUUUCAAAAAAAGAGAAACCAUAAUGACAGUGUAUGAACUGUUAAUGACCUGUGCACGUCACCUGCUCUGGUAUAUUACAGAACAGUAUAGUGUGUAAAACUCUGAAACAGUUACCCAGUUGAGGUAAUACAGCAUUACCCUCAUAAUCUCCAGAGAGCUUGUGAAACUGCUUGAGGGCUCGGCAGUGCUCAAGGUAACUGACCAUAUGCUGCAGCAGAGCAAUUCUUCUACCAUAUGCCACCUGCUCUUGAUACACAACUAUCCUGCAGCCAUGGAGACUGCCUGCAUGAGACUGCCGCUUAAAUUUCUAGUUUCACCCAAAAUCCACCUGGACAGGUCUAAGAGGUUCUCAUACUUUUGCUGGAGUGAGGGGGAUAAAGACAAGAGUCACGAGUCCAUGGUCACUGCUGUGACUCAGAAGGCCCAGGAAGAGGAAGAAGAGGAUGAUGAAGAUGAGGAAACUGGUGAGAAAUUUGAGUUUGAUGAUAGCGAAGAUGAGCAGAAUGCAGUGGAGAACUUUGUUGAGAAUAAAGAGUCAGGAACUCUUCAUGUGGAAGCUGAGCAUUCAGAGAAUACUAAUGGUAGCACUGCCACAAAUGCACUUUAUUGUCAAGCUGUGAAGCGUGUUGCACACCAUAAUCAGCAGGCAGUAAACAGAGGGACCCCUACUGGUCUGGAGGACCAAAAUAUCCCCACACAUCCUCACACAACAUACCCAGGUUGGAGUUCCAUCUCAGCUGAGCCUCGAGGAGCAGAUGAACAAUCAAGCUUUUGGAAAAGAAAUAACAUUUAUGAAGGGAAAGCCAUUCCUAAAUCAGAUGAAAAUGUACCCCCUGAACAACUGAAGGAGAACUCAGCUCCUCCUACACGCUCAGAGGUCAUCUACGAUGAUGUGCCUCGUGAAAACAUCAUGCUACCAGAUGCAGAGGAUGAUGUGAUCUAUGAGGAGGUGCAGAGGUCUGGCGAGGCUGGGCUGAAAGACAACGGCUGGGGCUCCAGUGAGUUUGAGAGUUACGAUGAGCAGUCAGACAGCGAGACCAAGCAGCCCACUCGCAAUAAGAUUUCCCCAGAUGUGCGACGUCUGAAGCAACGCUGCGUGCAGACCAGGCGUGAGCUAGCCAUGCGGUUAGGGGCUCGAGAUGUCAGCCAACUCAAACAAAACUAUGACAUCAAGGUUCAACAGCUCAUGAAAGCAGCUAGGAAUGGCACGAAAGAUGGACUGGAAAAGACCAAAAUAGCCAUGAUGCGCAAAGUGCCCUUCCUGAGUAAAAAAGACUGCACAGAUGCUAUAGAGGAAGAUUCUGGAUAUCUGGAUGUGACUGUAUCUGAACUCAAACAUCCACCACCUCAACUUUCUCCAAUGCCAGAUGGGCUCAGUAGCCAACAGGUUGUCAGGCGUCAUAUUCUUGGCUCUAUCAUCCAGAGUGAAAGAAGCUACUUAGACUCACUCAAGAGGAUCCUGCUGGAAUAUAAGAAGCCUUUGAUGGAGGCGGAGCCGCGGAUCCUGAGCUUGAAGAAGAUCCAGACUGUUUUUUAUAGGCUGAAGGAGAUCCUGCAGUGUCACUCCAUGUUUCAGAUUGCUCUGGCUUCCCGAGUUGCAGAAUGGGAUAAUACAGAGAAAAUCGGAGACCUUUUUGUUGCUUCAUUUUCCAAGUCAAUGGUGCUAGAUGUGUACAGCGACUAUAUAAACAACUUCACCAAUGCUAUGGGUCUUAUCAAGAAAGCUUGUAUGUCCAAGCCAGCAUUCCUGGAGUUUCUCAAGAAGAAGCAGGCUGCCAGUACAGACAGAAUCACUCUUUAUGGCCUCAUGGUCAAACCAAUUCAGCGCUUUCCUCAAUUCAUACUCCUACUGCAGGACAUGCUGAAAACCACCCCUGUUGGGCAUCAGGAUAGGCUGCCACUGCAGCUGGCCCUCACUGAGCUUGAGACUCUCGCCGAGAAGCUGAACGAACAGAAAAGGCUGGCCGAGCAGCUCGCUGAAAUCCAACAGCUCACUCGUAGCGUCAGUGACCGUAACCUCAGUAAGCAACUGAACUCGGAUCAGAAGCAGUUGAUUCUGUCUGAGACUCUGAUUGAGACCGUCUAUGGCGAGAAGGGUCAAGUCCUCAAGUCUAAGGAGCGCAAAGUCUUCCUCCUGAAUGACAUGCUCGUCUGUGCAAACAUCAAUGUGAAGGGCCCUCCAGAUAUCAGCAGCCUAGUCCCUAUCGGUCCAAAAUACGCAGUUAAGUGGAGUGCCCCCCUGCUGCAAGUGCAAGUGGUGGAGGUGGGCCAGGAGACCCCCCAGCGUAAAGACAGCAUCUACCAGCAGAGUGGAAGCAGGCGCCUGAGCUCCAUCAACUCUCAAGGAAAGCUGUUUCUGGGACCACCUCGGCUGUAUCAGGAACUGCAGGAGUUACAGCAUGAUCUUUCUGUGGUGGAGGAAGUCACAUUGUUGGUGGGCACCCUGCAGGGAUCGUACCAGAAUCUCAACACUACAGUGGGGCAGGACUGGUGCAUGGCUCUUCAGAGGCUCAUCCGCAUCAAAGAGGAUGAGAUCCAGUGUGCCAACAAGUGUCGUCUACGGCUGAUGGUUCCUGGGAAGCCUGACAAGUCUGGUCAUCCAGUCAGUUUCACAGUGGUCUUCAGUACGCCCAGUCCAAUUAGCAAAAUCUCCUGGGUCAAUCGCCUGCAUCUGGCCAAAAUCGCCCUGAGAGAUGAAAACUUGCCUGGCUGGGUGUGUGUAGAGGAUGAUGAAAAGACUAAGCCUCCAUUCUGGUGCCCGUUACUGGCCUGCCAAUUGCCUGUGUUUACCCCAAAAAUGCAAGAUCUGAAGUUGCAGGCUGCCCUGUAUAACCCGGUCCACUGUUCUCUUCUUGGUUUUUCUGCCGCUAGCACAUCCUUGCCUCAGGGCUACCUCUGGGUGGCUAGUGGGGGUGACGACUCUCACGGGCAGGUGGAGAUUUUCUCCCUUAACAGACCCACGCCACGCUCCGUUAAGAGUUUCUCUCUAGGUUCCCCAGUGCUUUGUCUGGAGUAUAUCACAGAGCCCAGCACUGAGGAAGAACUGGAAACACAAACCUCUGAAGUUCUUCCCAAGAUCGGCAACACCAUCUGUGUAGGAUUAUUGGAUGGCAACAUCCUGGUUUAUGGAAGCGUGGACACAGCUGCUCAGUGUCUGCUAACAUUUUGUAACCCAGAGGGCUGUCCAGUUCUGUGCCUGAAACACUCUGCCAACUUUCUCUUCGCUGGACUAAGUAAUGGAAAAGUUGCAGUUUAUAACCGAAAGAGUGGAGAGGGGUUGUGGGAUCCAGAUUCCUGCAGACAUGUUGUUAUUGGAUGCGCGCCCGUCCUCAAACUCCUCCAAAUAGACAAGUGUGUGUGGGCCAGCUGUGCCAACCAGGUCUCUGUGAUUGAAGGCUCCUCUCUCAGGACUCAGAGUUUUGAAGUUCAUCCAGACCCCAUGGUUAGUGUGACCCACAUGGUGCGUGCUGGAGCAGGGGUGUGGAUGGCGUUUUCAGAGGGAUCAUCCCUACGUCUGUUUCACACAGAAACAUUGGAACACCUCCAAGAGAUCAACAUUUCAACACCCUCUGCAUAUUUGAGCCCUGGUCAAAAAUCUGUGUGUGUAACCAGCCUGCUUAUCUGCCAAGGACUGCUAUGGGUGGGCACAGCUCAGGGCAUUAUUGUCACCCUGCCUGUGCCCAGACUGGAGGGCAUUCCCAAAAUAACAGGCAAAGGAAUGACGUCACUUAACGCUCACAACGGCCCUGUUGAAUUCUUGGUUGCCACCUCCAGCAUUUUAUCCCAAGAUUUUCUGAAGCGGGAUUCUCCCACGGAGGGUGUGGAUUCAAGUGGUGGAGGUGAAGAUAAGAAGGUAACAAAUUCCUCUCAGGAGUCCCUCCAGCAGGCGGAUGGCUCUCCUCAGGCAGAAGACAAAACUAAAGGAGUGCUACUGCAGUACCAACUCCGUUCUACCUCUCAGCUCCCAGGAAAGCUCCUGACGGCCCGGCUCGAAGAAUCAUCCGGCUCGACCCAGGACUCUCUGGAGCACACCCUAGAGGACGGUUCCAUCUAUGAGCUAAGUGAUGAUCCCGAGGUGUGGGUCAGAGGGCCUGGGCCAUCAUCAAAGGAAGAGACACGUAGGGAGAAAGUGACUUCAGCUGCCGUUAUAUCCGGUGGAAAAGGGUUCCGUCGACUCGCAAAAUCAUCCAACUCCCCUGACUCCAGUGAGAACAUGCUCAUGGUCUGGCAGCUGCCCAUUACAGUUUGAGGCAGUAAGGAAUUCUCCUUCCUUUCGCUUUCUUCGGAUGUUUUUGCAGUGAUGGAGGAUUGUUGGACCAUUGAAGGACAAUCAGACUGUAUGGCUUUUGAGGAUUAUUUAUUCCUCUUCUCCUCCAGGAGGUUUUUGAGUAAUACUAAUGAUUCAGUGAAAGUUAAGCUGUGACAGCAUUUUUGGCAAAAUGUUGUAUAUAUAUAUAUAUAUAUAAUAUCUUGGUUAUUGUGAGGUCCUUACAAUGGAAUGGAAGGGGCCAAUCUGUAAACAUUAAAUACUCACUGUUUCAACAUCUUAGCCACAGGACUUGAAAUAAUGUGUUAACAUGAUUUUAGUUUGAAAAAAAUAAAACUGCCAAUACAAUGCAGCACUGUAAACCUUAUAAUGAAUAUAACUGCUAAGAAUAUAAUGAAUAGAUAAUUUAGAGCUCAAAUAUUACACGUUUUAACAGAAACAAUUAAAUCACAAUUAAAUUAUAAGCUUCACAAUUCUUCUUGUAAAUCUUAAAUUGGCCCCAUUCACUUGCAUUGUAAAUGCCUCAGCAUAACCACCAUUUAUUUAUUUUUUUUUUUUUUUAAGAAAACAAGGGACAAGUUCAAAUAAUUUGUUUACUAUUUUGGUGGUAAUACCCAUAAUGACACAAAUGCUUUUAAGGAAGCCAAAAUAUUCAUUUAAGUUGAUAAACAACCAUGCCAUUUAAUGUUCAUCUGUCAUAAUAAUAGCAUGUGCUUGGUAUAUAAUGCACCACAACUGAAUAUAAAAUAA